GUUGCGUGCAGCCGGAAAAAAAAAUAAACUUCACUUUUUUUUCUCCCUGUUCUAGUCCCCAUUCUGCUUCUUCUUCUAGUUUAUAUAUAUAUACACACAUUACGCAGUAUAGUUAUAUUAUUUUAUAUUAGUUCGCAAAAAACACACGCAAGUGGAACAUACAAACAACAAAGUAAAGAUCAACCUACGCCGCAACCCGCGGUAUCCUUCACUUGGCCCUGGGCCAAAUCACCGGGGUGGGGGGGGGGCCCAAUCCGGUCAGACCUCGCAAGCCAAGCAGAUGUCAAGCCUGGACAAAGCUAUGGUGGGGUGCGGCGUGCGCUGUGCGCUCAUGGAGGGGGAGCGGGGAGCCGGUGGGGGGCUCUGUGCCCCCCGUGGGUCGCGGCCCGCGGCCCAGGGACCCCCCCGGAGUCUCGACACCGACGGUAACGACGACGACGACGGCGCUGGAGUUGGUGACUCCGCCGUCCAGGAGAAUGCCUUCGCCGGCGAGCUGCUGAGGCCGGGCCCCUGGGCGCGCAGCUGCCGGGAGAGAGUCCCCGCCGCCUGCCGCCUGGAGGCCAGCGCCGGCCCGUCCCUCCCCGCCGCUCGGCCUCCACUCCCUGCCCAGCACAGGAUGGAUUUGGAAGCGGACGAGAACAGGCUGCACACUUGCUCGAAAGGGAUGAAACUGGAUUCCAUGGUUCAAGAUGUAUUCAGUGCGUAUGGCUGCCCCUUGGCCAAGCGGAGGAAGGGGGAAGAGACGGACGAGGACGAGCCGCCCGUGAAGAGGUUGUCCUCGGAGGGCUCACCCCAGGGUGACACGAGACCCAUGUCGCAACAGCAGCAUCAAGAGGGAAAUGCCAACGAGGUGGGCGAAACGACGGCCCAGGUCAAAGAGGGAGGCCGACCGCACCGGGUGGACUCGUGGGCGAGAAGGGAUCUCGCGGAGCCGGGGCACGCGGCGCUGCUGCCCGAGAGGGGGUGCUCACGGGACGACCUGCGCUCCUCCUCCUCCUGCUGCUCCACCUCUUCCUCCUCCUCCUCUGCUGCCGCCGCCGCCGUCGCCCGCGACGCUCCAGUGGGCGAGGCGAACGCCUGCGGCGGCGCGUGGACCGAUUCGGAGGGCAAGGCCGUGGAGGACUACGACGAGAUCGUGGCCAACUCCCUCCUCAACCUGGGCAACAUCGCGGCCGGGAGCAUGGCGUGCGCCCCUCCCCCGCCCGGCGGGAUGGCGCCGCGCGACGGGAGCUCGCGGCUCGCGGCGCGCGAGGGCGGCGCCGACCAGGCCGCCUUCGGUCCCAACGGCGCCGUCGCCGCGCCGGACCGCGCCGGCGCCGCCGACGACCGCCCGGCCCUCUGCUGUCCGGACUCCGCCGCCGCCGCCGCUCCGGCCGCCGCCGAGGCAACCGCGCUACAGCGUUCCGGCCGCUCGUCGGACGGCGACGCCAAAAGCGCUCGCGCGUUCGCCGACCCGCUCAAGAACCGCGGCGGCCGUUUCGAGUGCCGCGGCGGCGGCGGCGCCGCGGCGGCGGCGCGUUUCGGCGUCGCGCAGCCACCGAGCGACCUCCUCGACGGCCGGGGCCCCCGCCGCUCGCCGCUGACGCCGGCCGGAGGGGGCGCGUCGCCCCGGCGGCACGCCGACGCGCCGGCGGCGCCGAAGCCCGAGGGCGGCCUCGUGUGCGAGGUGAAGCCCGGGCAGCACCUGACGGGACGCGGGCACGACGACGAGGACGAGGACGACGAAGACGACGACGACGAGGAAGAGGAGGAGGAGGAGGAGGAAGAGGAGGAGGAGGAAGAGGAGGAGGAAGAGGAGGAGGAGGAGGCGAGGGCCGCGUACGCACGCCGCUGCACGGAGCCCGCCGGCCCGGGCCACGAGGACUACGAGGACGGCGCGUCGGUCAAGUCGGACGGCUCGGACCGCUCGGAGGCCUUCGACAUGGUGAGGGGCAACCUGAGCCUCCUGGAGAAGGCCAUCGCGUUGGACGCGGAGCGGGCGCGCGUGCUCGAGGAGAAGCAGGCCAAGGAGGCCGCUCGUGCCGCCGCGGCCGCCGCGGCCGCGACCGUCGUCAUCGCCGACCGGGGAGGCAAGGGCCCUGAGGUCGACGGCAAGAAGCAGUCGUGCCCCAAAGGUAAAGAACCGCGGGUGGAGAAGAAGGAGAGCAAGUGCCCGACCCCUGGUUGUGACGGCACGGGUCACGUGACCGGGCUGUACCCGCACCACCGCAGCCUGUCGGGCUGCCCCCGCAAGGACCGCGUUCCCCCCGAGAUCCUGGCCAUGCACGAGAGCACCCUCAAGUGCCCCACGCCGGGGUGCACCGGCAAGGGCCACGUCAACAGCAACCGGAACUCACACCGCAGCCUGUCCGGGUGUCCCAUCGCGGCAGCGAGGAAGUUGAACAAGACCCAGGAGAGGCAUUCCAACGGGGACCCCCCAAAGAGUCUCAGCCCCACGGCCUCAGACCGUGUGCUCCGCACGUGGAGCGAAACGUUGGACUUCGCGCCGAACAACACGCGGUACGAGCCGAAAACACAUCGGAGAGCAAUGCCCAUGUGCUUCGUGAAGCAACUGGAGAUCCCCGAGUACGGCCAGAAGCCCAACGUGUCGCCCACGACGCCGCGCUCCAACCUGGCGCGCGAGCUCGAGAAGUACUCGCGGCCCGGCUACGACUCCCCGUCGGGCUGCGACGCGUACAAGCACGCCGCCGCCGCCUUCAAGCACGCGGACGGCAGCGUCGUCGUCGCCGCCGCCGCCGCCUCCUCGGUGCACAAGGGGGACCCCAAGGCACCCGGGAAGAGCUUCCGCAAGAGCGGCAGCCCCAUGGGGAGCUACCCGAGCAGCCCGAGCCACCAGAGCUCCUACGACCUGACGCAGGACGCCGAGGCGGCUCACAUCGCCGCCACCGCCAUCCUCAACCUGUCGACGCGGUGCCGGGAAGCCACGCAGAGCCUGGCGCUGCAGCGCGGCGCUCUCACGAGCGGCGUGGCGGUGGAGGUGGACGAGAACGGCACGCUGGACCUGAGUAUGAAGAAGCGCGUCGGCGCCGAGACGUCGAGCGGCGCGAGCAGUCCGGCGCCGCCCGGAGACCAGCAGCAGGGGUACGGCGCCCGGGGGGAGGUCCCCCCCGACCCGUCCCCCCGCCCCCCCACCACAGAGGCCGAAGCCCAGCCCCCGUGGGACUCUCCGCUCGACUACACCAAGUGCCGGGGCGGCGGGGACGACGAGCGGGACGACGCCGCGCCCGCCGAGGAGGAGGAUGCAAUGGUGAUCGCCGAGGAGCUGGUGGAGGAGCGGCGUUACCCCGGCGACGUCACCACGCCCAGCCCCAAGGCCAAGUGCGGCCUAGCCAAGGAGGCGCGCAAGGAGCUACUGGCUAGCUGCCCAACUCCCGGCUGUGAUGGCAGUGGUCAUGUGACCGGCAACUAUGCCUCACAUCGGAGUCUGUCGGGCUGCCCUCUGGCGGACAAGAGCAUUAGAAAUAUGAUGGCCUCCAGCACGCAGGAGCUCAAGUGUCCCACGCCGGGCUGCGAUGGCUCGGGGCACAUCACGGGCAACUACACUUCGCACAGAAGCCUGUCGGGUUGCCCACGUGCCAAGAAAAGUGGCAUCAAGGUGGUGCCAAUCAAGGAAGACAAGGAGGACCAGGAGAGCAUCAGGUACAGAAGCAAGAGCCUUCUCUUCUCAGUACCUGAAGUGAUCGGUCGUCCGGACUUCAGGUGUCCCGUGCCGGGCUGUGCGGGCCAGGGCCACGUGACGGGGAAGUACACGUCGCACCGCAGCGCGUCGGGCUGCCCGCUGGCGGCAAGGCGUCAGCGUGAGGGCUCGCUGCCCAGCCUGCCCUUCUCCUGGAAGGGCAGCAAGGUGGAGGGGGCGCAGUGCCCCACGCCGGGCUGCGACGGCUCGGGCCACGCCAGCGGCACCUUCCUCUCGCACCGCAGCCUCUCGGGGUGCCCCAGAGCCACCUCGGCCAUGAAGCGAGCGAAGCUGUCCGGGGAGGAGAUGAUGACCAUCAAGCUGCGGGCAAGCAACGCAGGCGUGGAAAACGACGAGGAAAUCCGGCAACUGGACGAGGAGAUCAAGGAGCUGAACGAGUCCAACUCGCAGAUGGAGGCCGACAUGAUUCGACUCAAGACACAGGUGGGGGACGCGGACCCGAGCUCAGGAGGAGACGAUCACUCUCAGAUCACGAGCAUGGAGAACAGCCUCCAGACGAUGGAGCAGGAGAACCGCGUCAUCGAGCAGCAGAACGAGGCUCUCCUCCAGGAGCUGAGCAGCCUGAGCCAGGCCCUCAUCUGCAGCCUCUCCAACGUGCAGCUGCCCCACAUGGGUCCGAUCAACGAGCAGAACUUUGACGCGUACGUCACCAAGCUGACGGACAUGUACAGCAACCAGGACCACUACCAGAGUCCCGAGCAGAAGGCCCUGCUGGACACCAUCCGCCAGGCUGUCAAGGGCAUCCAGGUGUGAGGGGCGGGGUGCCUCUCACGGCCGCCCCUCUGCCGUGGCAGCCGCAGCGCGCCGUCCACGCUGAGUUGCCGGGGUAGCGGGGUGCCCGAGCUCCUCUCCGUCGACACCGUGGCAGCGCCGAGGGUGCAUUGAAGUCUCGACCGACCGGCCGAGGGAAGGGACCUUGGACCAACUCCUUCCCGCCACCCCCCCACCCCCCACCUGUUCCGACGAUGAGGUUUCAUUUCCACCACCUCCUGCAGCAGCCGAGGUUUCUCAACCGCCUCUCGCAAAGGUUCUAGUUCACCGCCAGAAAAAACGAAAAGAGUUAAAAUGUCAAAUAUUUUCGCGACGAAGCAAGGUAGACGUGUUAACGGAAUGGACGGAUCUCGGUUUAACGUCUGCGGAGAGAACGGCGCAAAGGGGUGGUUUUUUGGUUUGCGAAAUAUUCGACUGUGUUUGCCGCUGUGUUAGGCGUUGGACGAAUCACUUUGUUGAGUGCCGUGCCAUGACGCGGCAGAGGAUCGGCUCCGGCCACUUUGCUGGCGGCGGCGGCGGCGUCGGCGUCAGUGGUGGCGGUGGUGGCGGCGCCGCUUGUCGGAGGGGAAACGUUUUUGGGAAGGGGUCCUGUCGUAGUGUUCGAGAGAGAAAAAAAAUUCGCUCAAAGAAUCAUGUUCUGUUUUAAACAAACAAAAAUGUUUUACCAACUUAACAUUGUCGUAGGUAUUUAAGAAUUUUCAGUAAGUGUUGGUGUCUUAAGAAAGUGAAAAAAUGUAGAAGUUAGACAUAGAUUUCAUAAAAUAAUACACAAUUCUAUUAUCUCCCAUAAUACACUUGACCAUGAGCAGCAUUUUGACAAUCCAUUGCAGACAAAGACAAUUGCUGUUUCACCGAGCCUGUGGGCUGAGUAUAUUCCGUUAUGGAAAAGUAAAACAAGCGCUAUAAUCAAUGCAAACGUUAAUAUAAUCAUUCCGAUAGUAGCAAAAUGGAAAAAAAUGAUACAAUCAAACUGGAAAUUGUGGCUUUUACACGAACAUAUUUGGAUAAUAAUUUAUUCUAGUUGCGGAUUGUUUUCGUGAGUAUUUAUUUAUUUAUCUAUCGUUGCAGGCUUGAGCUCAGGAUGAUUUCAGCCGGGCGUUUCUAACGCGUCGAAAUGGCGCAGAUCGGUACGGAGAAACACGCGUCAGUACCUCCACCCCUGCCACUCUUCUCAAUUCACAUUUAACCCUGACGACGAACACGGGGCAUACGUUAGCUAGCAACGCAUAUUUACACAAAGUAGAACUUUUUGUACGUGGCCUCAAAGAACACACAGUUUAAGCGGGAAUACAGAUUGCGUCUAUGCACGUCGAAAUGUCUGGCACUAAAUCCACGCGUUUAUUUACAGGUGUGUGUGUGUGUGUGCGUGCGCGCACGUGUGCGUUGUGCGUGUGUAGUUUAUGUACAAUCUGCCAGCGGACCCCACCCAAGGGUUUUCAUGUCGCAAUCAGGUGAAGCAGCUGUGAGCAAAACGAGAGAAGAGAGAGAGGAAAAAUGCACAGCAAGGAGGAAGGCCUUGUGAAACUUUUCAGUACUGUAAUUUUAUCAUGCAACUUAAUAUAUAUAAAACAUAGUAUAUAUAAGGAAUGACAAAACUUAAAAAAUUCAAAAGGACGCAGAGAGUAGGAGAAAAAAAAUUACAUGGUUGCAUCUUUUUGCCGUAUUGAAAUUAUUUUUAAAUUAUUUUUAUGGUAUGAAGUGCUGGUAGCUUCCAUUUUGAGUUUUGCUACCAUUUAUAAGUAUUAACAGUAAUGUGAUGUUACAAAAGAAUAAUGGGUUUUAGCUUGAUCCCAAAAACCAAAACUUUUGUCUUAGUAUCAACAUUUGAAGAAAACAAUGCGGGUUUGUUGUGACACGGGAUUUGUGUUUGGGCUCGGGAUGGGUUCUUGAAUAAGAAGAAGAAACAUCACAAUGAACACUUUGCAAAUCAACUUUUACAUUUCACCAAUGCAUGAUAAGCCUUGUUACGCCAUUAUUAUUUUUUUUACACUGGAGUAUACUGUACUAGUAAUCGUAUUCUUCUCGCAAAAACCGUUGUGACAAAAAAAAGUGAAAAAAACUUUUAAAAAAUCGAACGAGCUAGAUGAGAAGCGUAGAGGGAGGGGGGGGGGGAGGAGGAGGAGGUCAAUGGAACGUGCCGCGCUCGUGGUCACCGCUUAGGCAGCCGCUCGCGCACAACAAAGUCGCGGAGUGCUUUUUUGUUUUGUUCGUCGCGCGCUCUGCAGUUGUCGCCGCUCUCUCCGAUUGGGGAAUUUUUUUAAUUCAGGGGGGGGCGGCGGCCGGGAGGGGGUCGUGCCCCCCCCCCCCCCCCCACCGGGCGCCGUCGGCGUCGUCGUCGUCAGACCGAGCGUGGCGCGGCACCCCGAGGAGAGCACGGCGGAGAGAGCGCGCUUGGCUUUUUGUUUUAGCUGCCCCCCCAUCCCCCACCCAACAUUGCUUGUGGCUGAAACCACGGCCCCCCUCAAACAGCCCGACAAGCUCCCCAUGCCUCCUCCCCCCCCCCGCUCUCCCCGCGAUAGCCACUCAGAACACUGAGCCUUCAAAAGCAUUUAUAAUUGUUAUUGUUGUCGUUGAUUUGUUUUACAAUGCAGUGUUUUAAAAAUAUAUAUUUAUUACUAUUUAUUGCUAAUAUUAUUGAAUAACUUAAAAGCGGAGAGUAAAUGUUCGUCGUUACUAUUUAUAGUUUUUUUUUCAGUGCUCUUUUUAAAAAAAAAGUUUUUUUUUAAUAUAAACAAAAAUUUGUACAAAUAGAAUUAUUUUUCUUUAAUUUUUUGUUGGCGACCGCCGAUCGUUUUAUUUUUUAUUUUUCGAAAUGCAGCAGGCGAACGUUGCAAUACAGGAGGCUGUCGGUGUUGAGCGCGCCUGAGAGGGCGCGCGCGUGCGUGUGUGUCAAGUGAAGUGGCCACCUUUGGAGCCCAAGCCUUGUGUGCUUACAGCUUUGCAAUCCAUGCAUGUUUCAUACGGAUACAAAGUAUAACCAUGAAUAAAGUUGCUUCUGAAAGGUG